AUGCAGCUGGAGGACUGGCUGGAUGACCUAUGUGUCCGAUUCAUCAUAAACUUGCCCCCGGAAGAGCUCCAAUCCGUGGAGCGGAUCUGCUUCCAAGUUGAAGAGGCACAAUGGUUUUACGAGGACUUUAUCCGUCCCCUUGACCCUUCGCUGCCAUCCCUUUCUCUCCGCGCAUUCAGUCUACGCAUCUUUCAACAUUGUCCGCUAUUCUCACAAUGGUCGGCUCAACACCAUACUACGGCGUUUGCGGAGUUUCUGGCGUACAAAUCGCGUGUCCCAGUCCGUGGUGCGAUCAUGCUAAAUGAGGCCAUGGACGAAGUUGUCCUCGUCAAGGGCUGGAAGAAGAGCGCGAAUUGGAGCUUUCCCAGGGGCAAGAUCAACAAAGAUGAGAACGACCUGGACUGUGCUGUCCGCGAGGUCUACGAAGAGACAGGUUUUGACAUUCGGGCAGCUGGGCUCGUGAAAGACGAAAACGAGAUGAAGUAUAUCGAAGUCACGAUGAGGGAACAGCAUAUGAGACUAUACGUAUUCAGAGGAGUACCUAAGGAUACUCACUUUGAGCCAAAGACGCGCAAGGAAAUCAGCAAAAUUGAAUGGUACAAAUUGACAGAUUUGCCGACAUUGAAGAAGAGCCGUCAGCACGAAGGCAGUGGGACAGAUCAACCUUCUCUCAACGCCAACAAGUUCUAUAUGGUCGCGCCUUUCUUAAAUCCACUUAAGAAAUGGAUCGCCCAACAACGAAAGAAAGAAAAUCGGUACAGCUCUCAGCUUGCAGCACCGCCCAUGGUGCCUGAGGAGGUUAGUACUACAGACGAUCGCGAGACCGACGGUGUGGGAGCGGAACUCGCAGGACCUAGAAAACAAGUCUCUAGUGACUUGCCAGAGGUCUCCGCGCCAACUGCGUUUGAUCCUACAUUGCAUCUCAAAGAAAUCCUCAACAUCGGCUCUGCACAACCUUCGCAAUUCUCACAGCCUGUGCAGCCUUCACAGCCCGCACCGCUUGAACCCACGCCGCAACCUAGUCACAUGCCACAGGUGGAUGCAGAGAAAUCCCAUGCACUUUUGGCAUUAUUACGAUCUGGACCUCAAGGUCCUCCACGCAUCCUACCUCCUCAUACACCGUUCGAGCAGAUAUCAACAUUACCCCAAGCACAGCAAUCACCCCACAAGUCGCAUGUGCGCCCGCCACAAUUGGAUCAAGGCCAGCCGCCACCAGAGUUUCACCCGCGGCCUGAAGACCAAUUCCAGCCUUCCCCUCAGUACUUCAAUGGUCUAAACCCAGAUUCGCCUAUUAAAAAACCUGCCAGACUGGAGUCAUGGCAUUCCGGGGCCCAUGUUGCGCCUUAUCAACAGAAUGGGGACCCUCACUUCGUGCAGCAGGGAGCCGGCCAAAGGCUCCAGCCACGCGUGCCUCCGGCGAGCGCACUGCCUAAGCUGACGAACCAUACGAAAGCAUUGUUGGAUGUGUUCAAGGGUGCAACAAGCCCACCUGCGCCGACGGCCGCUCCUGCAGACAAGCCGUCUUUCGAUGAUCAAGUACAACUACCGCAGGUCAAUGGUCGGGCCACAGUUGGCGCAAUCACAGCAAUUGGUGAAAAGGGCCCGAGCCAGUACCGGGUGUCAGCGUCUUUACCGCGACCUGUUGAUGCGCAUAGGACUUCUCUCCUUGAUUUGUUCAGUCAACCCCCCAGACCCAAGCCCGCUGAAGGACCUACGCCUCUCCAGGACCCCCCGGUUGAACUCGCAGCUACAAACCCUAUCCAAACCCACCCGGAGCUACAAGCCAACAAGAAUGGACUCCUCCUUAAUCUGUUGAGACAAGAUGGGAAAGCUCCGUCACAUCACGAAGCUAGAGCUAAGCGUCCAUCUCCCCGUGAGGGAGAGACAGCCGCGACUGUCAGCGGCCCUCUGAACCAGCCAGAAUUUGAUGUGGUGUCGAAGUCCACAAGGCAAAUGACUAGUGAAAUGCGGCGAAGCCCACUCCCUACGAACCGCACGCUCUAUGAUCCGAACCAACCUGCACCAGUCAAGAUUUUGAUAAGAUCCGAAGAAGCGCGUUCGCAAGCUCCCCGAUCCCCUAGAGGACAAAAAGGACCGCCGAAACGAACGGCACGAGAAAGAGCGACGUCCAAAACCCCGAGUAAGCCGUUUCAACCUCAGAUACUUCGACGGCCACAAACAAGCGAAGCCGCCUCUGAAGCGACUCCACCGCCAGCAGUUGCAAGCGAAUCUCUACCGACUCAGCGAGCCGUCAGGGAGAAAGCUGCACCAUCUCCGUCAACUUCUGCUGUGACAUCGGAUGCAGGUGAAAUGUUGACACCCCGUCGUCAGCCGUCUCAGAUAGAAGACCAGAAGCAAAGAUUGCUGUCUCUUUUCGGUAGAGGACCAGACACCACGCCCAGGGCUACGACUGGCCAGCCUGGUUCGGGCAUAGUCUCACCAUUGUCAGCAAGCCAGUUAUACAAUACUGACCUUGAGAUGGCGUUGCCCGGCUCGGAGCCGAUCUCGACUCGAACGUCCAGGGUGGGGAGUCUCGCGUCAAUUGCUAGUGGACCUGGAACGACACGUGCAGCUGGUGAGAAACGACAGACGGGCGCUGAGAACAAGGCUUUUCUAUUGGGCUACUUGGGCAGGAUUGCCAACCAAGAGCACUGA